AUGACUGCCUAUAACUUAUCGAAAGACAAACAAAUUGAAUUAGCUCGAAUAGCUGAAGCUAUAGCUACACCGGGUAAAGGCAUUCUAGCUGCAGAUGAACCAGCAGACAUAAUGGCGUCACGUUGGGCACCAGUAAAUAUUGAGAAUACUGAAGAAAAUCGUCGAUAUUAUCGCCAAUUAUUAUUUCGUACAAAAGAAAGCUCACAUUACAUCAGCGGAAUUAUAUUAUGUCAUGAAACAUUUCAUCACACAACUGAUGAUGAUUAUACAUCAUUUCCUCGUUUAUUACAAGAAAAUGGUAUUCUACCAGGUAUUACAGUUGAUCAAAGUACAGUUGUAUUAGGUGGUACUGAUAAUGAGCCAACAACGCAAGGUUUAGAUAAUUUGGAACAACGAUGUCGAGAAUAUAAAAAACUCGGUGCACAAUUUGCUAAAUGGCGAGCAGUAAUAACCAUUGGUCCUAAUAGCCCAUCACAAUUAGCUAUCGAUGAAAAUGCAAAAACACUUGCUCGAUAUGCUUCAAUUUGUCAACAAUGUGGUCUUGUACCUAUUGUUGAACCAGAAGUAUCACAAGAUGGUGAUCAUGAUCUUGAAGUAUGUCAACGUGUUACGGAAAAAGUUUUAGCAACAGUUUAUAAAGCAUUAAAUGAUUAUCAUGUCUAUCUUGAAGGAACACUUCUGAAACCUAAUAUGGUUACUCCAGGUAAUAAAUCAACAAAACAAUAUUCAAUUGAACAAAUUGCAGAAGCAACUGUUAUUACAUUUCGUCGAACUGUACCAGUAGCUGUACCAGGAAUAAUGUUUCUUUCCGGUGGACAUAAUGAAGAAAAUUCUACAGUUUAUUUAAAUGCAAUUAAUCGUGUUGCACUCUAUAAACCAUGGUUAUUAUCAUUUAGUUAUGGGCGUGCAUUACAAACAUCGGUUUUACAUGCUUGGAAAGGUGAUAAGGCUAAUGAUGAACAAGCAAGCCAUGAAUUUCUUCGUUUAGCUAAACAAAAUAGUCUUGCUUCAUUGGGCAAAUAUGAAGCAGCUGCUUAA